GCUGAUUUUGAAAAACGCAGAGUACUCGCGGAUCUUAUGGCAAGGAAAGGUGAUGAAAUACUCGGCCAGUCGGGAAUUUAUAAAAUAACAUAUACCGAAGCGGGUGAAGAAAUUAUGGACGCUCCGGUUGGUGUGACAACAGCAAGAGAUGAAAAGUUCAAGGGUGAACUUUUGGAGAAAGUGAAAAAUGUUAUACCGGAGAAGAAAUUGCAAGAUCUCUUAAAAGAUCCAACUAAAGAAGGCGCGGCAUAUUUGUCUGAUACAAUUAAAGGACGAGGUGAAGCCAUGCAAGCUAUACAUGAUGGAUUAAAGAAAGGAAAUGGCAAGGAUUUCUUAACAAUUGGAAAUUUUGCAAAGAAUCACGAUCAGACUGCCGAUAUGCUUUCUAAUGCAAAUCAUUUCGGCGGUCAGCAUCCUUCGCCUAUUCUCGUGGACAAGGUUGCUUCUAAAAUGAAGGAGGUACCUAUAGAAUACCCUGAUUCUGCUAAAAGAUUUGCUUCAGAAACAUCGAAUAUAGCUACACAAUAUAUUUCUGGAGUUGCUACAAAUGAAUGUGGUCUGGAUGCAAAAGCUCUUGCGGCUAUGGAUACGACAAUAGGGUAAGAAAAUGUUAUUAGCUGAAUUAUUAUGAUUUUAAUUUAUUAAGCACGAUUUCUAUUUCUGAAGAUUGAUACUUAAUGUA